AUGUUGCGUCUGUGGCUGAGGUGGCUGGGGACACAAGUAGAGGUGUUGAGAAACUACCGUUUUGGCCUUCGGACAGAAGAGGAAAGCCUAGGGUUUGCACAGCAGGAUGAGCUGAGCAGAACGUACGGUGAAGAGGACCCGGGGGAAGAGGAACAGGGCUCCCCCUGCAGUCUAACUGGGGCUGCCCAAAACACUGCCAGCCCCAAAAUAACCACCUGGGAGGCAGCCUGGAACGUCACCAAUGCCAUCCAGGGUAUCUUUGUCCUGGGUCUGCCCUACGCCCUCCUGCAGAGCGGGUAUCUGGGCUUGGUCCUCCUGGUCCUGGCCGCAGUCCUCUGUGGCUACACUGGGAAGAUCCUCAUCGCCUGCCUGUACGAGGACGGCGAAGACGGGACGCCGGUCCGGGUGAGGAACACCUACGAGGAUGUCGCCAACGCCUGUUGUGCUGGGCUGUGUCCCCGCUUAGGUGGGAAAAUCGUCAACGCAGCCCAGGUGGUGGAGCUGAUGAUGACCUGCAUCUUGUACCUGGUUGUCAGCAGCAACCUCGCGAGCCACAGCUUCCCCUUCAUCCCCAUCUCCCCCGUGGCCUGGUCCCUGGUCACCUUCCUGACCCUGGUUCCCUGCAUGCUGAUCCGGGACCUGCGGGUGGUCUCCCGGCUCAGCCUCCUCUGCUCCGUGGCCCAGUUCUUCAUCACCACCAUCGUCAUCGUGUACUGCCUGACCCAGGCCCACCGCUGGUCCUGGAGGAGGUCGCCCAUCCCCGUGGACUUCGAGAAGCUCCUGGUCUCCGUGGGGGUGAUCAUCUUCAGCUACACCUCCCAGAUAUUCCUCCCCACCUUGGAGGGCAGCAUGGCUGACAGGGCUGGCUUUGCAGACAUGGUGACCUGGACCCACGCCCUGGCCUGCGUCUUCAAGACCGCCUUCUCCCUGCUGGCCUUCCUCACCUGGGGCGAGGAGACCAAAGAGGUCAUCACCGACAACCUGCCCCCGACCCUACGCAUCGCAGUGAACCUCUGCUUGCUGGCCAAGGCCCUGCUCUCCUACCCCCUGCCCUUCUACGCGGCUGCCGCGGUCCUCCAGGGAUGCGUUGGGCAGUGUGGGGCAACGUGGCUCGGGGUGCAGGAGGGCUCCUUGGUCCUAAGGGCCGGCCUGCUCCUGCUCACCUUCCUCGCCGCCAUGUACAUGCCCCACUUCUCCCUGCUCAUGGGACUGACGGGCAGCAUGACGGGAGCAGCCAUGACUUUCCUUCUGCCCUCGCUCUUCCACCUGCAGCUCAAGUGGAAGAAACUGGACAACAAGCACAAGGCCCUUGACUUCCUGAUCUUAGUGCUAGGGUCUUUAUGUAGCUUGUCUGGUGUCAUUUGCUCUAUUAAAGGAAUGAGCAAAGCCUUUGGAGGCAGAUAA